AUGGCGGUCCCCGCGUCCGGCAGCCCUGUGCCCGCGCGGCUUGGCUUCCUCGCCAUCUACAACCCGUCCCUGGGCAUGACGGAUGAUACAAUCGACGACCAGAUUGUUUACUAUGCCUCAGUCACGUUACAGACCGCCGCUCCCUCGAAGCGCCGCCGCGCGCGUACCAGAGGCCGCCCGACCGAGGGCAUCUCACCCGAGGAGCGCAACGAGCGCCUGCGCCAGAUUGGCCUGGCGCAGGGCAUGGUCAGCUUCGGACAGGGCUUCACCGAUGGCGCUUCUGUGGACAGCAUCGAGACAGAGACAACAAGAGUCAUAGUGCAUGAGCUCGAGUCUGGCUGGUGGAUCCUGGCUAGCAUUGACCUUAACAAGACACCGUUGCCACCACGGCUCUUGACUAAGAGUACUGAACCGCAAGAGGAGAAAUACGACUACAACACCAAAGAAAUGAAACCUGCCUCUCUCAUCUUGCGCGAUCUUCAACGUGCACACCGCAUCUUUUUGAUGCACCACGACGUUUCGCUGAGCUCCUUAUUCUUGCGCCUAUCACGGCCCAAGUUUGUUGCCGUUCUCAGUCGCUACUGGGAUCUUUUCCUAUCCACGUGGAACGUCUCACUUCAUGGAAAUCCCGCUCGAGACAUUUACCAGGGCAUUAAUAUCGCAGCAUCGGGUGAGCUUGGCGUCGGCGUCGGUGAGGAAGAUCGCGGCAGCGGCGAGCGCGAGGUUCUUGAGGGCUUAGUUGGGAGGACCGAGGGUCUUGUGGACCUGGUGGUUUCCAAGUUUGGCAGCGAGGAUGAUGACGGAACAGAAGCAAAAGGCAACGCUGUUCCACCCUGGCUGGGCAGCGGGAGAGAGCCUUCAAUCGACGAUGGAGCCAUAUUUCUAGGCAUAGGUGCACUGUCUAGGAAGUCCCUGAGAGACGUGACGCACUGGGUGGAGGACCUGUAUACUUGGGGGGAGCAUGCUUAUGGCAUUAUUGAGAGCCCAGUCUCAACACGCAAGGCUCGAGCGAAGAAGGCUGGACCUGAAGACGACACCCCCAAGACGUCUGAAAUGGCUUCGAAAGGUACAGGCCAAACAAGGCCUCCGCUAGUCUCCGUGCAAAGCAGCGAAUCGACAAUCAAAGCCCUAGCAGCCCAGAAGUCUGACCCUCCGGCCCCUAACGCAGCCGGCAGUAAACCGACUCCUCGGAAGACUGGAGAAGCGGACGGUGGUCAAGCUUCAGAACCACAAGCCACUGAAGCUGAUGAUGGCAAACUGGAUAAGAUGGUGAGCUAUCUGAAACUCGGUUACGGUCAAUACUGGACCAUUCCCGGUGUAUCGGGUCUUUCUGGGUCUUCCACCGAACAAACUGGCGAUCCCAAAGAACGUCCUGCCUCGAAAAUUGCAGAUCCAGCGGCCCCCAAACGUCCCCCGAUGCCGAAGCAGACCCCAUCGCAGGAAGCAGCGGGUCACUAUCUCAUCGGCCUCAUGGGUGAGAUCGAGGAAGCGCACGACGGCGGGUACGAUGAUGGUGGUGCUGCGUCUGAUGAAUCAGAAUCUGAGCACGACUCUCGCACCGUUUUGCGAACCAUACACGUCGAGCUCGAAGACAACGACAUCAGUGGCCAGCCAAGCCAAGAAGCAACAGAUACCAGCGGCGCCACGCUCACGGAAUUGCAGAUGCGUGGAAACCUUCGUCCCGGGGCGGGCGCGCUAGAAAAUAGCAAGUCGGAGAAGCUGCGUGUAGUAGUCUACGUCAACCGGCCCUUUGUCUUUAUCUUUCUGUUCCGCCUGCGAACGGACUCGUUGGCAUGGGACGCGCUCUAUCGAUCGCUGCACUACCAGCUCUCGCCCUUGCGCAGGCCGCUGCUUGCGUCUACCCAAUAUCGUCCAGAGCGGCCAGACACCAGUCGUGGCGGCGGCGGCGCAUCUGGGAUCUACGACUUGGUCUGGAACCCGAUCGAUCUCACCGUCCACACCACUGUGCCCAACAUCCCCGACCAUCUAUAUCCAGCCGACGACCAUGCGUCCGCGCAGCGGUGGUCCCGCGCCGACGCCGUCAACACGCACCUGCAUGUGCUUAACCUGUACAGCGGGACGCGGUCGCCGCGUGUCACGGACCUGGAGCGCACGCAAAAGACGAGCCGCGGAUGGUGGGUGGUCUGGACCAGGCUCGUGCAGCGCGAGGCUGGGUCCAGAGCCACACAGCAGCAACAGCAGCCGAGAGCGCGAGACUCGCCAGCCACAUCGGCGCCGCCCUCACCUCGGCCAGGCUCGGAGGCGGGGGGCUCGGAGGCAGGACUAGCGAUGCUGGGCCUAGCAACAACGAGCAAGGAAAUCUUUCUGAUACGCCGCGCCAGUGACCACGUCUCGUCGGGGAGCGGUGUUUUGGGGGGCGGAGGUGGAGGCGCGGACGCCGUGGGGAGGCUUGCGCAAGGGAUCGGUGUCGACACGAGGAGAUAUGUGGAAGACUUGCUCAGCAUGCUGUGA